AUGUCUGGAGUGUUGUCGGCACCUCUGUAUUGUGGGAAGUUGAGGAUAGGAAUCAUCAAAACGACAAACGCAACAGCGACCCAUCCAGAAGGUUCAGACAUGAUUCCUAAAUUCCAGGGACCCUUGCGGAAAGUCUUUCUAGAGUAUGUGAUUCUCAGAAGCGUAGGAAUAGUGAAGGAAAUGAAUGAUCCAAUAGCACCGACAGAGAAGAUGGCGUUGAUUGGAGUCUCACCUCCAAACAUCAGCAAAAGCAACAAUUCACCCAUAAACCAGUUGGCCCACACAGCAUUAACUGGAGUCUUGGUUAAUGGGUUCACAGACGACCACCAUUUGGAAAGCGGAAAACACCCAUCUCUGGAGUACGAGAAGAGCACACGAGAAGCUGCAAUCAUACAUGAGAAUGACAUAGCGAACGACAAAACAACAGCGAAAGCAGUGAGAGCCUGUCAAGACGAUGGCUCUUGGAGUUGCAACCUGAGCGUUGGAACACUCCUCUGCCAAGUGGAAAGGAGAGUCGAAACCAGACAUGGUCCAAAUAACGGCCAUGAAACUCAUCAAGAUGCAAAUUCCGUCAGGCCAUUCGGUAUAGUUGGUGAUGCCCCAGGCGAUAUCGUUUGUGUUGAAUUUAGGCAAGCCCUGGUCCUCUCUAGUGUUUCCUCCCAAAACAAUCACAAACGAGAUAAACAGGAACAGUAA